UAUGGUUUCAUCUCUGAGCCGUGAGAGGACGUUGGGGUUCAGCAAGAAGUAACAUCAUCAAUACUUCCGGGUCACCUUCUUCUAAGGUCAUGUGGACCUCACGCCUGCUCUUCAUCUUCACCUUUUUCGCCCCCCCCUCACCCUCGCGGUGAGUCGAGCCCCUGUCCCCAUGGCGGUGGUCCGUAGGGAACUGUCCUGUGAGUCCUACCCCAUCGAGCUACGCUGCCCGGGCACAGACGUCAUCAUGAUUGACAGCGCCAACUACGGACGCACCGACGACAAGAUCUGUGACUCGGACCCAGCACAGAUGGAGAAUACUAGAUGUUACCUGCCCGACGCAUACAAGAUCAUGUCCCUCAGGUGUAACAACCGUACGCAGUGUGUUGUGGUAGCUGGACCUGAUGUCUUCCCUGACCCCUGUCCUGGAACAUACAAAUACCUGGAGGUGCAGUACGAGUGUGUCCCCUACAAAGUGGAACAGAAAGCUUACCACAGCCGAAUCAGACAGUGGGAGAAAGAGGUUGGACGUACCAGGCUGAGCAGAGGGCUGACCCCUGGCUACCAGACCAGGCUGAGCAGAGGGCUGAUCACUGCCUACCAGACCAGGCUGAGCAGAAGGCUGACCCCUGGCUACCAGACCAGGCUGAGCAGAAGGCUGACCCCUGGCUACCAGAUCAGGCUGAGCAGAGGGCUGAUCACUGGCUACUAG